CACCGGAAGAAGCUUCACGCCCUAUAAAAAGACCGCUCCUUUCUUCCUCAGAGAAAGGAGCUUUUUAUCUUCUGCUGCAAGGAUCUCCUUGCAAGGGAAGUAUCUCUCGCCAUGGAAGCGUUGGCGUCUCCGUACUAUUCCGACAUGGGAGUGGAUCAGAGUUUCUUCCGUCAGUGGGAGUUGAGUGCUUUUGAUCUUCUCGGUGCGCAACAACUGGAAGCGGCUUUUGGACGAGAUUUGGAUCAGUCUCCAUCAUCCGAAAGCUACACCUCCUACCCUUCCUUCCAUCCGGCGGCCAGCACCGAAAGGCCCAAGAAGAUCGCCAAGACCAGCAGCUGGAGUUCUUGCACCACCUCGUGUCCAAGAAUUCUGUCAUUUGGCAACCCGGAAUCGCCCAUCUGUCUUGCUGCGACGGUGAAGCCGAAAGAAGAGAUGGAAGCCUUGAUCCUCGGACAAGGGGCCAAGAAGGUAAGCACGGGGGCUAAACCCGCCGCUCAGAACCAGGAACACAUCAUGGCGGAGAGGAAGCGACGAGAGAAGCUCAACCAGCGAUUCAUAGCGCUGUCUGCAGUAGUUCCUGGCUUGAAGAAGACGGACAAGGCUUCCGUUCUUGGCGACGCCGUCGAGUACCUGAAGCGGCUCCAGGAGAAGGUCAAGUCCCUGGAAGAUCGAGUAUCGAAGAGGAACGUGGAGGCGGCGGUCCUCGUGAAGAGGUCGCAGCUAUGUGCUGAUGACGAUGAUGGCUCCCCCGGCGAUGAGAGCUUCAUCGAAGGCCAAGGAGGCCAGUCCCUUCCGGAGAUCGAGGCCAGGGUGUGCGAGAAGGCUAUCCUGAUCAAGAUCCACUGCGAGAACCGGAAAGGAGUGCUGGUGAAAGCUCUCUCCGAGAUCGAGACGCUCCAUCUUCGCGUGAUGAACACCAGCGUCGUGCCCUUCUCUGGUUCUUCUCUCGACAUCACCGUGGUGACCCAGAUGGAAGAGGGAUUCUCCAUGACAGCCAAAGACCUGGUGAAGAAGCUGAACUCGGCUUUCAGACAAUUCAUGCGAUGAAACCACUUGAAUUCCCUGACUUCUUCCUCUUCUUCUUCUCUUUGUCGACUGCGCUAAUGGUUGGCUAGUUUCAGUCCUCAGCCUUUAAGAACUUCUUCUUCCUCUGAAGACAAGGCCUGUUAGUCCCUCGACACACCAAAGGUCACCAUUUUCACUUGUUUUUGCUGCACGGGGCUUCCAUCUUCAAGUUCCUUGCUCUUCUCUUCGACUUUUUCGCAUGGUCGAGUCACUUGAUCAUGUUUUCGGAAGAGACGAGUCAGAUUCUUGGCUCUGUUUUUUGACUUCUUCUUUUUCUAGGACUUCAUUGGGGGAGGUUGACUUUCGAAAACCUCUCUUUUCCUCCCCCUUCCCUGUUGUCCUUUUUCUCUGAAGAGGUUGACUAUUUAAGCCUGUUUCUCAGCUUCCCAUCAGUGUUUAAUCCUCGAAGGUUGACCGUAGGAAAAAGAUGGUGCACUUGUAAGUCAUGGGGUUGAUCUUUUUGAGGCACUCAUGAAUAAUUCCUGGUUGUAAUUUUCUUUCUGUUCUUGUAGAAAUUUCUAAGUGACACCCAA